UGCUCCAACCUCAAAUCACAAAUCAAAACAUGGAUUCCCAUAUCUCUCUCUCACUCCUAACCCUCUCUCUCUCACUUUUGCUCCAAACCACACUCUCCCUCGACCCCCUUUUCACCAUAUGCCCCACCUCCCAAAACUACACCGCAAACACCCCUUACUCCACAAACCUCAAGACCACCCUCGGCCAGCUCUACCUCAAGACUCCUCCAACGGGCUUCGGCCAGGCCGUCUCUGGCCUGCCCGGAGCCCGGGUCUACGGCCUCGCCCUCUGCCGCGGCGACGUCUCUGCCAAAGACUGCGCCGCGUGCGUGGCAGAGGCCGGGCCAGCGGCCCAGAGCCGCUGUCCCAGCAACAAGGCAGCAGUUGUUUGGUAUGACAACUGCUACCUCAAGUACUCGGACAGCGACUUCUUUGGCAAAAUCGACGACCAAAACAGAUUCUACAUGUGGAAUCUGAGGAACGUGAGCGGUGAUGAGUUCAGCCAGAAAACGAGGGAUUUGCUGAGCGAGGUGGGGGGAGAGGCGUCGGAGUCGAAGAAGAUGUUUGCGAGUGGGGAAGUGGAUUUUGAUGGGAUUGGGAAUGGGAAGAUUUAUGGGAUGGCUCAAUGUAGUAGAGAUUUGUCAAAGGCUGAUUGCAAGAAAUGUUUGGAUGAUGCUGUGGGGGAGUUGCCUUUGUGUUGUGAGGGGAGGGAAGGUGGUAGGGUUGUUGGUGGGAGUUGUAACAUAAGAUAUGAAAUCUACCCUUUUCUCAAUCUUUGAGGCUUUUAUACCUCAUCUCAUCUUUAGCUAGCUAGCAUGGAAUCAGAGGUGAUAUGUUUGAUUAUUAAUGUAUUUUAGCAGAUAUACUCAUAUACAUGCUCUAGCUAGUGCGGAAUAAGAUAUGAUAUGUUUGAUUA